UAGAGAGCCUCGCGGACGCCUCCGGGAUGCGGCUCAACUGGAGGCCAUUAUGGUCCCCAGGCCGUCCCGUCUCAUCUGCGGUUCGUUCGGUUCGGUCGAUCCCCUGACAAAAGGUGUUGUAAGGUACCCCGGAUCGUCCCUCAGCACACAAUGGGAUCGGCAGCGUCAAGACCGCAGAUCCCGGAGAACUUAACGACUCGGCAGCAGAAACGGCGCUUCAUCCGCCGGGCCAUCGACUCGUACGGCUUCCGAUGGCUCGUCUUCGCCGUCGCGGCCAGCGGCUUCCUGACGGACUCGUGGAACCUGUUCGCUACCAACGCCAUCCUGCCGUCGCUGGCCUUCGUCUACUGGCCUGAGGAAACGAACGGCUGGCGGGAGUCGCUCAUCAACUGCAUGACCCUGGGCGGGUCGCUCAUCGGGCAGCUUCUGUUUGGCUUCCUCGCCGACAAAUACGGCCGGACGCGGCUCUAUGGCAUUGAGCUCGUGAUUGUUGGAUUCACGACCAUUGCGCUGUCGGCGAGCUCCACGGGCUUUGGGAAUUCCAUCGCCGUCCUGCCGUGGCUCGUGGCGAUGCGGUUUCUUAUGGGCGUGGGAAUAGGAGCAGAGUAUCCGCUGUCCGCUUCCAUCUGCACAGAAUGGGCCUCUACCAAGGCCAGGGCCAAGAUGAUGGUGGCCGUGUUCCUCAUGCAGCCGCUGGGGCAGCUCAUCUCCCAACUCGUUGCGCUCGGCGUCCUGCUCGGCUACAGCAGCGGCUACAACCUGCAGUCCUGCCACGCGCCGAGCGACGACAACGGCAACUGCGGCCGCGUCGUUGACAGCAUCUGGCGCUGGGUGGCGGGCGUGGGCGCCAUCCCGGCCCUCGUCGCCAUCAUCUUCCGCUUCCAGAUCGACGAUCCCGGCCUGUACGACCUCGACGUCCGGGACGAGGGCACUCGCGCCGUGCAGAACACCAUGCUGCUGUACCGCUACCGCCGCGUGUCGACGCCGGGGCCAAACCCCGAUGAUGGGCACUAUGCACGGCCCGAGAUGCAGGAAGUCGGCCCCGAUGGCCUGGAACAACACCCGCCCGUCGCCAACGGCGGUGGUGCCCUACAACCGCUCCAUCGGGACGGGGAGCUCCCCAGACAGUUCUCGCGCGAGGACAUGGUCGAUUACUUCGUGGUGCAGGGCAAUUGGCGCAGCCUGGCCGGGACGUCCAUGUGCUGGUUCCUGCUCGAUAUUGCAUUCUACGGUCUGGGGAUGGGCAACCUUUCCACGCUCGCCAAGCUCUGGACCAGCUUCGAGGCGCUGCGGGACAACGCGGUGCAGAACCUGAUCACGGUGUGCAUCGGGUCCGUGUCGGGCUGCGUCAUGCUACUCCUGCUGAUCGACUACGUGCCGCGGCGGCAGUUCCUGACGUAUUCCUUCCUCUGGAUGGCGGCGCUCUUCCUCGUCACCGGCGGCAGCUUCUUCGCCGUGUUCCACAACGACCUGCACGCCGUCAGCAUCGUGCUGGUCGCGCUCUGCCACUUCUCCUUCAACCUGGGGCCCAACACGCUGACCUUCGUCAUCCCCGCCGAGCUGUUCCCCACCCGCUACCGCGCCACCUGCCACGGCAUCGCCGCCGCCACGGGCAAGCUGGGGUCCGUCAUUGUGCAGGCCAGCCUGCCGACCUGGACCAUCGACGGCGUGCGCGUGGCGGAUGCGAAUAGUUCCGGCCUGGGCUGGGUGUUUGUGGCCUACGGCUUUGUCAUGGCGCUCGCGACCGUGUUUGCCUGGGCGUGGAUCCCCAGCUUGCAGUACCAUCGCGGCGGCGCGGACGGGACGGGGCCAGGGACGCCGACGACGCCGACCAGAGGAGGGGCCGGGCUGCGGUUGCCGAGCAAGACGCUGGAGGUGCUGGGCGAGGGGGUUGUCAGGGCGGAGGCGGAUGGUGAGGUGGUGGGCCUGAGGAAGAAGGUUAGGCGGUGGGCGAGCAGGUUGGAGCAAGGCCGCGAGUCGAGGUAGGAAAGGCUACCUUAGGUGUGGUGCGUAGGUGUUUUGAGUAUGGCAGCAUUGUGUAAGGCCGCAAACUGGAGAUUAUAGAAUACGCCGCGGGAGGUCCCUACGUUGUACUGGUAC